UAAGCCGCAUGUUCCCUUGAUGGCUGAUAGGGCCCUCCACUGACAUGUGUCAACAUUCCUAGAUCCUACUUUACAAAAACAACUGUGAUCUGUCUCCUAGUGUACAUUCCAUCACACCCCAGGAAAUCAGCAGCUGCCAACAUGAAGUUCAAUCUCGGUUCUCUCAGUCUGCUCGCCGCUGCGGUGUUGGCUUCCCCCAUCAUCCAGCAGCGCGCUGACAUGCAAGUCUACAAGCUGUCGGUUUCAUGCAAGUUGAAUGCCGCCCUCGAUGGUCAAGAGAUCAAGCUGAGCGGUUCAACGUUGGGUGUCUACCAAGAUGCAAACGCCACCCCCGUCCAGGUCUACCCGACCAACACUACCACUCAAGAUGUCUUGUCACUCCACAUGUACCCAAUCGGCAUCGUUGACCAUGCCCUGGGUCUCACCAACGGACCUGGCUUAUUUGAUUUCGUCGACAUUGUCAAUCCUGCCGCAUCCAGCAGCAGCGGCGACUGGCAAACGUUCCAGAUGAGCGAGGGCAAGAUCACGAACGAUAAUGUCGGUCAGUGGCUUGCAUUCCCAGACACAAGCUCGAGCUGGGUCAUCAGAUGGUCAGAUAACACCGGUGUGACUACGGCAGACUACAUGCCUGUGGACGUCUUAUACCAGAGCAUCAAUUGAAUGAGCAUUUAUGGGCUACUGCAAGGACACUCCUCACAUAGGCGAUUGGCGUUAAGUGUAAACAUCACCGAGUACUGGGAUAUUCGCUUCGGAUAUAAAAUUGGCUUGUGUGUACGAUGAAGUAGUGAUGUAAUGACAAAAAUCACUCGGGGUCACCAUGCCGGCAACGGAGGAUCCAUAAUCACAGCCUGCCAAGGUGUUUCUCUACUAAUACCUAGGCAGACAGAAAUGAGACAUAAUUACCAUUAUUGGUCCUUGGCCUUGGAAAAAGGCAUACAAUGCAGAUCACAACGGCUAGCAAUGCCCUAACAACUCAAAUUUUCAUUCAUGAACUUUUGG